UGUUUUCAUUCCGUGUCUGUCUGUAUCUCUGUCUUCAAGCCCGCCUGGCAUUGUAAAUUACUAUCAUAGACUAUGUGGUCGGUUGAAAUUAAAAAGAUAUAAUUAUAAAAGUUUAUAUUUCAAACUGUCAUGUCCCUUUGAAUAAAAAUUUGUAUUAUAUUUCAACAUAAAAUCAUUGAACCAUCUAUUGCAAUCAUUUAUUGGUGCAAAUCUUUUAUUCGUUGUUUUAAAUGAAAUAAAAUAAGUGUUGACAAUGACGAGCAAAUGCACAAUACAAUUCGACAACAAUCCACUUGGGGUUUAUUAUGCCGGGCAGACAAUUUCUGGAGUAGCUGAACUCAUCACAACAAGGCCAAAGACUAUAAGAUCUAUUUAUAUAAGUGUGAAUGGCCACUCUGAAGUACGUUGGACAGAAAGCGUCUACAAACAAAACAACCAAGGAAAACGUGAAAAAGCCUUUGAAACCUUUUCAGCCACCGAGUUGUAUUUUACUUCUGAAAAAUACGUCUACGGCUCGAAUGGAGGCAAUCAGCUCGAACUUAUUGCUGGAAAAUAUGUGUAUCCAUUUCAGGCAACCAUACCGCCAAAUGCUCCAACUUCUUUUAUUGGCACCGAUGGAAAAAUAACUUACGAAGUUGUAAUGGUUAUUGAUCGAGUACUUCGUUACAAUAAUACUUUUAAACAAGAAUUCACAGUAAUUUCACCCUAUGAUUUGAAUCUAAAUCCCAUGAACGGAAAUCUAAUGGAAAAGGAGGAUAGAAAAGUAUUUUGUUUGAGUUUGUGUUGUGGUGGCAAGAACCCGAUAACUAUUAAGGCCCGAGUUCCAUUUUCUGCGUAUGCCCCUGGUCAAAGAAUUCGAUUUAAUGUUGUUUUGGAUAAUCAAUCGGAUGUAAGGUGCUCAGAUGUAAAAGUUAGGCUUAUGAGAAAAGUAACUUACAACUGUCAUACACCGGAAAUAAAAACCAAAUGGAACGAAGUAAAAGUAUCUCAAGUCCUUUUGGGAGAAGUUGUAAAGCAAAAUAGAGCCGAAAUGAAUGAAUUUCUUGAGAUUCCUUCGACAGUGCCUUCUUCAAUGGAAAAUUGUUCAAUAAUUAAAAUUAUUUACACAUUGAAAUUUACUGUUAAAUUAGCUGGAUUUUAUUCUGAUUUUGAUCUUGUGUUUCCACUUACGAUCGGUACAGUUCCCUUACAAGCUAGUUUGAUGGAGGAACAAGAGUCCGUGAUUGUGGGUCAACCUGGUGCGAUUCCGGUAUUUAAACCAAUGCCUCCACCAACAUACCAAGAAGAUAGUACAGCAAAGGGAAAAUAUCAAGAUAAAACCUUCAUUCCAAAGUAUCCAGUUUUUUCCUAUCAAAAUACUUCAGGGACGAUUCGAGAUCCUCCCGCAAAUCUUUACCCAUCAGUGGUAUCUCAUCAACCUAAAGCUCCGUAUCCAACGUCUCCACCUCCAAAUGAUUUAAAUGAAAGUUUAAAUGGAACAAAUACUUCACAAAUUGGUUGGAAGACUUAAGAGACAACAAAAUUAUUAAUUAAGUUUUAAGCAAAAUAAAAACAAUAAUGAAAAGUAAAUAUAUAUUUUUAUAUCUUUGUAUACGAAAAUAACCACUUAAGUUUAUUUAACUUAUUGCCUAAGCUAAACUUUGUUUCUUACAAUUAAUUUGUAUAAUUGAUAAUACGCAUUAUUGAAUUUUCAUCUGAAUUGCAUGUAUAUUUAAAAAAAAAAGGAAAUCCGACAUAAGAUCCGGAUUAAUUCCUCUAAUUCGUAUUUAAUAAUUAAUAAACGACUUGAAACAAGCUUUUACUACAAUUUAUUACAAAAUAAAUUGAUUAAUUUAUUCAUUUUAAUAAAAGUUAUGUGUCCAUCUGAUUCUGUUGAUCAGUUUAGUACAUUUUUCAAUCAGUAUUUAACUUGAAUGAAAAAACUAGCUGACAUCGAAUUUUUUGUUCAGGACUCGUCGUACUAUACCUACAUGCAUAGCCUGAGUGCUAUACACUUUUCAAUAAAGUUUUUUAUUUUUUUUUUUAUAAUAAGCGCACACUCAAAGGGAUAUAUUACCCUUAUUAUGUAGACACAGUGUGAGCACUAGCACAAAUUGCAAUAGAUUUAAAAAGGCUACAAGGAGACUACUUAAAGUAAUGAUUACAGCUUUUAGGUUUUAAAAAUAUAUUUUUGGCAAUAGGGCUUAAUUAUAAAUUAAUAAACAAAGUGGUGUAAUAGUCUUUAUUUCGAGCUAAAUUUGAACAGAUAAUAAAAAGUCAUUGCUAAAAGAGGGAAA